UCAUAGCACAUCGUUUGUUGAAUUAACUGCCACUCCUUUCGCGUAUAUUGUAUAUCCUUUCCAUCGCGGUAGUCUUUAAAUUAAUCCACGUAGUUUUUGUUGGAACAUCGUUGAAAUUCCAUUUGAUGGUAAAAAGGAGAAUCGAAUAUUUUACGAUGGGAAAUGCAGAAAUUUCGUUUGAUCUAAAGUGACAAUAAUGAUUCUGCAGUGAAGUGGUGUUGUGCAAAAAAAUAAAUAAAUAAAUAUUUGGAGUGAUUUCAAAAUACAUAAAACUGAACACAAACUGUAAACGGCUAAACGAGAAAUCGGCACGGGAAAUGAGUGAAUUUUCUCAUAUAAUUCAAAAUUGAAAAAGGAAACGUUUGCCGUUCAUAAUAUUUAUCGUUAUAUUUGCCGUACGUACGUAGAAACUUAAUAAUAAGAAAUUGAUGUGAAAGGGCGAACGAAGUGUUGAUGUGUGCUUUUGAGAAAUAUUUAUUCGGAUGAAAGAUGGAUUAAAUUACGGGAAUAUUGGUUUAAUAUGUAAGUGUAUUUCGUGCACGGCUAAAAUAUAUAUUAAAAAAAGUGUGUCAUAAAUUUGAGAGGGAUUAUUAUCCCGGAUAUUAGAUGAAGGCAAUGUGUGCAUGAGUGGAAAGAAUUACCAUCGUUUGUUAAAGUACAUAGGACAAAUACAAGAGAGUGUGUGUUUUACCCCUUUUUCGGUGGAUGGAUAUAUAUCUAACAUAAAAACCAGUUUUCCUUUGUGAAAAAUCGCUGUGGAUUAUUGUAACCUAUAAAAACAUUAGCUUUCAAUGUUUUGAAUGUUGUAUUAUAAUGCUGGGUGUUAUAUACUGUAGUACGAGUGUGUUGUGUAGUACACAUCGUUCAUAAAGUGCUUCAAUUAAUUUAUGUUACGAAUAAGCUUAAAUUACACCAAAAUAUGAUAUAGUGAGCAUCGAAAAGUGCCACAUUUAUUUUCGGUGUGUACAUGUGUUUUAUGCGGUUGGUGUAAGAUACGUCACAAAAUAUACUACGUUGAGACGAUAUAUAUAAUAAAAAAAAAGUUUAAGUAAUGUUCCAAGCGCUGCUGUUGCUAAAAUAGUGUUGGAAUGUGCGAGAAAUAUGUUUCGAAAAUCUUGAUAAAUGUUUCAGCAACGCCGUAAGAAAGAACAACACUGCAUGCUAAAAAGUAUUGUGUAUGUUGCGAAGCAAACACGGGAAUUGAAGUGAUAACGGGCCACAAAUUAUAGGGUCGAACGAGCGUGGUUUAACACGCAGUUUUGGAUAUAUAUAUUUGUACGAAGACGAAAGAAAAAGACGAAGAAAAAAAAGAACCCAAACCCCAACCGACGAAAAUGUCGCAGCUUAAAGGAUUUAUCGUCUGGAUCGUCAUCUUUACCACUAUUAAAGACACUCUAUGCUUUCAACGUUUCGCCGAACAACCGAAAUACACCGAAGUAAAUCCCGGCCAAGAUGCCCUGCUCACAUGUAAAAUUAUUGACAAACGAGGAACUUGUUCGUGGCAAAAGGAUAAUAAGCCGGUUGGUAUCUACCCAAAGAAAUACGAAUGGGUUGGUGGAUCGAUACAUUCACCGCACGUUGGCGGCGACUGUUCACUGUGGAUUCGUUCGGCAACAUUAGAUUUCGAUGAUGGUCAAUGGGAAUGUCAGGUGACGUCUAGCGAUUUUACAACACAAGAUGCACUUACCAGUCAACCGGUCAGACUGGUGGUUAGAGUGGCACCGCAACGUCCUCGUUUAGAACAUGAGGGUGUACAUGUGCCUCCCGGACAUAAUGUAACUGUUGAAUCAAAGGCAAUGGCUACGGUAAAAUGUGUUUCUCACUACGGCAAUCCACCUGCUUUGCUUCGAUGGUUUCUGGGCGACCAAGAAGUAUCACCACUUCAUCCGCAAACGAACGCAACAGAACCAGAUAAUCCGCGAACAUGGUCAGCUGCAUCUGUUGUUCAAAUUCCAACAACGAGAGAACGACAUGGUGAAAUAUUAAAGUGCUUGGCAAUACAUGAGUCAUAUGCAGCAAAAUCGGUUGUGGUCGAAGCGAAAAUGGAUGUCAAGUAUGCUCCUACCAUCCGUUUACUCGGUGCCCCACAAAUCGACUUAGAGGAAGGCAAGGAUUCGUUGAUACUUCGGUGUGAGGCUGACGCCAAUCCACCUGCAAGUAUAGUAUGGCGACGAGCCGGUCGCUCGGAAAUAGCCAGUUUACAGGAAACUCUCCAAUUGCGCCCAGUUGGCCGACGAGAUGCUGGUCUGUAUACAUGCCAAGCACAAAAUUCGGUUGGAUCGUCGGAACAACUAUCCGUUCAAUUGGACAUCAAAUAUCCUCCAAGAAUAUUGUCAGCAGGACCCGAUCGAUUGACCACAGCUCCGCUAUUCAGUCCGGCAGCAUUCGAAUGUGUAGGAGAAGGCAAUCCACCACCUACAUACAAAUGGGUCCAAAAAUUCAACCACGGCUCCACAUAUCUCGAACGAGGCCGGGAAUCUCGUCUUGUCAUCGACAAUGUUACGUACGAUUACCAGGGCGAAUACGAAUGUCGCGCAUCGAACAUCAUAAACGGACAAGAGCGUCAUGUAGCCUCCGAUCCGAUAUCGUUGCAAGUGGUUGGUGCUCCUCUGGUGCUACGAUCGAAUCCCAGCACGAAUAAUGUGCCGGUGCGCCGCGGUGACGAUGCAAACUUAUCGUUAGUAGUAUGCGCUGAUCCGCGACCACGUCACAUCGCAUGGGAAUGGGGUUCAAUGCGAUUGGAGGCUGGUAACAGUUUUGACCGCUACAGUGUCGAUGACGUAACACAAGAUCCUCGUGAGGAUUGCUACUUGGCUACAUUGCAUAUAAAAGCAACCGAUUCGCAUGAUUCACGGCCCUACUAUUUGGUGGUAGAAAAUGAUCGUGGUAUUGACCGGCAUGCCAUUCACUUGAGUGUGGAGGGUACGUUCACAGAUCCGUUAGAAUUGAGCUACCUCAUGGGAAUCGCUGUUGGUAGUCUGGCUGCACUUUUAAUACUCAUUUGCUUAUGCAUUUACGGUGUGCGAACGAGAAAAUGCUGUUUCAGAAGUAGAGGAAACUUUAAAUCAUCAGACAAAGAUAGUGAAAAGGCUGAUUUAAAAUCACGUUCAGAUAGCACAAACGGUCCUCAAUUGGAUUCCAUUUAUACGACACCAGCUGGUUUCCACACACAGGGACAUGCACAGGGCCACUCACCAGAGGCAAUGAAAACUGUACCCGUUCUGCGUACAUUUGGCAACCACGUAGCGUAGCGGGAACGCGUACCUAAUAACCACCAUCACCAAUACCACCAUCACAAUCAACCUAACAAAACUGCAAAUAAAAGUGCUACUGAACUUUACUAAAAACAGACCAUCACUCACAAUUUGAAAAGAAAGAGAAAAAUUAAUUUAAUUUAAUUAACCAAACUCCUUUAAAAAAAAACGAACAAGAAACAAAGAAAUCAGAGCCUCGUUGUACUAUAUGCGCCAAUUCUUUUUUUAUUAUUUAUUUUUUUAGACAUAUUUUGUAUAUA